AUAAAGAGCGACAACAGGCCCACGUUCAGCAGGUGCAGCAAUCACAGCAGCUUAUUUUACAUCAACAAUCUUUGGCAGCAAUGGCAGCAGCAGCCAUGCACCAUCAACAACAGCAACAGCAACAACACCAGCAACUGACACAACAUCAGCUUCAGCUUCAUCACCACCACCAACAGCAACAGUUGCAUCCUCACUUGCAGCAACAGCAGCAACAACAGCAGUCGCAUUCACAUGUCCACCAGCAAAGCCUUUACAAUCGGUUGGCUGCAGCCGCAGCUGCCGCUCAAGCCGCUCAAGCCGCCCAAGCAGCUCAAGUCGCACAGGCGGCUGUCCCUCCAUCUUCUAACACUGCGUUCGCCUUUACCAGCCCUGUUGCUGCGGCAGCAGCAGCAGCUUUGGCCGCUGGAUUUAUGCCAGCAAGUUUGCAAUGCACUAUGCCAUCUGCUUCCUCAGCUGGAAACUUGCCUUUGAUAUCUCCAGUAUCUUCCCCUUCCAUAGCAGUUUCAGCCGCAGACGGAUUGUCUUCAUCUGGAACUAUGUCAGUCACAGGCUCAUCACAUACUGCGGUGGCAGCAGCAGCAGCAGCGGCGGCAGCAGCAGGAAUAAGUCCACUCUCGCAUGCAGUUAAUCUGCAUCAUUCAUUGCAAGCGGCAGCUGCAGCAGUCGCUAGUGGUCAGACGCUGACGAUGCCAACUACAGGUAGACUUAAUUGA